GUCUCCCGCCGAGGGCCGUUCGGAAGAAGGCGGAGCCAACCUCGCAUCAGGACCAGUCUGGCUGCACCUGCAUCCUUCGCUCAGAGCAUCCCUGGAGCAUCUUAGAAGGCGACCGCAGCUGGCAACCAGGGGCCUGACCGUCGCAGGAGGCGUCCGCCAGACACCUUCCCCCUCCCCUGAGCUAGCGCUCUACAGCGGCGGCCUCGGUGCUGACAGGGCGCCCCCAGACUUGUCCAACCCUUGAAAAAGCAUUUAUAGCAAUAGCCUCUGGUUACGACAUGGCUGAGAUCACCAAUAUCCGACCCAGCUUUGAUGUGUCCCCAGUGGUAGCUGGCCUCGUUGGGGCGUCUGUGCUGGUGGUGUGCGUCUCAGUGACCGUCUUUGUGUGGACAUGCUGCCACCAGCGGGCAGAGAAGAAGCACAAGACCCCACCAUAUAAGUUUAUCCAUAUGCUCAAAGGCAUCAGCAUAUACCCAGAGACCCUCAGCAACAAGAAGAAAAUCAUCAAAGUGCGGAGAGACAAAGAUGGCCCUGGGAGGGAAGGUGGGCGCGGGAACGUGCUGGUGGAUGCAGCAGAGGCCGGCCUGCUGGGCCCUGACAAAGGUCCCAAGGGACCCAGCUCCAGCUCUUGUAUAGACCAGUUACCCAUCAAGGUGGACUAUGGGGAAGAACUGAGGAGCCCCAUCGCGAGCCUGACCCCUGGGGAGAGCAAAACCACAUCUCCGUCUUCUCCAGAGGAGGACGUCAUGCUAGGAACCCUCACCUUCUCUGUGGACUAUAACUUCCCGAAAAAAGCCCUGGUGGUGACGAUCCAGGAGGCGCACGGGCUGCCGGUGAUGGACGAGCAGACCCAGGGCUCUGACCCCUACAUCAAAAUGACCAUCCUUCCUGACAAGCGGCAUCGGGUGAAGACCAGGGUGCUGCGGAAGACGCUGGACCCCGUGUUUGACGAGACCUUCACCUUCUACGGUAUCCCAUACAGCCAGCUGCAGGACCUGGUGCUGCACUUCCUAGUCCUCAGCUUCGACCGCUUCUCCCGGGACGACGUCAUCGGGGAGGUCAUGGUGCCGCUGGCUGGUGUGGAUCCCAGCACAGGCAAGGCGCAGCUGACCAGGGACAUCACCAAAAGGAACAUCCAGAAGUGCAUUAGCAGAGGGGAGCUCCAGGUGUCUCUGUCCUACCAGCCCGUGGCACAGAGACUGACCGUGGUGGUCCUCAAAGCCCGACACCUGCCGAAAAUGGACAUCACCGGUCUCUCAGAUCCUUACGUCAAGGUGAACGUCUACUACGGCAGGAAGCGCAUCGCCAAGAAGAAAACCCACGUGAAGAAGUGCACUUUGAACCCGGUCUUCAACGAGUCUUUCGUCUACGACAUCCCCCCUGACCUCCUGCCCGACGUGAGCAUCGAGUUCCUGGUCAUCGACUUCGACCGCACCACCAAGAACGAGGCAGUGGGGAGGCUGAUCCUGGGGGCACACAGUGUCACCAGCAGCGGCGCCGAGCACUGGAGGGAGGUCUGCGAGAGCCCCCGCAAGCCCGUGGCCAAGUGGCACGGUCUGAGCGAGUACUAGUCGUGUUGUCCUCGCCCGAGCCGAGGCCAGGCGGGCCGGCGGGGACAGAGAUGCUAGACAGCAGCAGACUCAGAACCUCAGAUUAGUUGUAGAAGAUUUCUUACCAAACACGCCCCACAGAGAACACCCCACAUGACCACAGCUGCAGAUCAGUUCUUAGCGAUGACGAUUGUUCUCCUUUGCAAGGCACUAGAAAUCCUUUUUUUUAAAUGGGGAAAAAGAGAGGGAAAGGCCUCACAAGUCUAUAUAUAACAAUGUAACCUUAUACUUGCAUGUCUAAUACAAACUGAAGAAAUUAGCCUAACUGCCAAUAUCAAGUUACAGAUUUUGAUCCAUGAAAAUUGUGUUUUGUGCCGACUUGUAUUUGCUGAUUACCUGAAAUUGGCCUCUUUUUACUGGGCUUCUCCGAAGAGUGACUCCUGCCCCCCCCCCACCUCUGCAAACGGAUGUUGUUUUGCUCGUGUGAAACCUCAUAGUGUCGUCACCCCGUCGUGUCUCCCUCCCACCUCGGACGGCUCUGCUCUUGGAGCUCAGGGUCCAGAGGUUUGUCGUGAGCCAAGAAGCGAAGGUGGGGUGCGUGAGGCAGGGUUUGCUGGGGAAAGAGGAUUUGGGAUGUGGCAUUUUUGCUGCCACGCUCCUGCUGGGAGGACCCGGGGCGGCUCAGGGUUAACUCGCAAUGAAGCACAUGAACACAGCAGACUUCGAGGUAGAAUUCGGGCUUAAAAAACUCGAUGUGUUCUCGGGAGAACACUUUGGAGCCUUCCAGUCCGGCUGGGGCAGCUCCUGGGGGCUGGGGCGGCCAGCCCCAGGCACUGUGUGUGGGUGUGGGCACCACGUCGUGUGCAGCACCCCCGCCAAGUGACCACCACUUGGUGUGAAGGAUGCAACCGGCCUUUAUUUUUCCAGAAAUGCUGACCCAUGAGAAGCUUUCGAGUUUUCUCAGGUAGCUUAGAUGAGAUUGGUUUUGCUUCAUAAGGAAAACGGCCUUCAGAAAUUAUUCUUUAUCCUUAAAUUUUUCAAUUAUGGCUCUUAAAACUAAGGAAGGGAGUGAAAUGAGUAAAUGUGAGUUACUGCGUAGUCAAGGUAACCUGGAUUUUUUUCUUCCGUCCUGUCCCUCAGAACAGAGUGCUUAGUUCUUGGCUUUUACUGAGCGCUGAGACUAGGUGCAGGUGCGGGGGAAGCACGCGGCUCCACCCCCCUCCCGCCGUUGCUGCGAGGGAGCCGGCCUCUCGCUGGGAUUAGAACUUCGCUCCCCAGGCUCCUGGUCAGCCACGGCUCUAAUGUUGAGACCUGUCAGGGCAGAGCCUGGUCGGCAGGCCGGGAGCUUGUCUGCGCAGCAGACCUUGCCGCCGGCCUGCAGAGGAGCUUAGAUUGGCAGCUGCGGGAGCCGUGGCCUGAAAGAGCAGGUCCACUCCCGCAGGAGAGCAUCCCUUCCGACUGCUUCCGAGGGGGCUGGCUGUCCUCGGACAGAGUGGCAGUGGUGCCUGUGACAUUCUCUUAGCUCCCGUGGAUUUAAGACCAGUCUGCUCCCAGAAUCCUUUUGUUGUUCUUUAUAAAACCUGGAUUCUUGACAGUGCUGAGCAGUUCUGAGCAGGCACAAAGCCCACUCUGUUCUUGUCCCUGCCCCCCCCGCCCCACCCCCUUCAUCUGACUCACUGUCCCAUCAGGGUGUCCAUGCCACCAGUCUCGAUCCUAUACUCCAUGGAAUGUAAAUACUGUAUCAUACGUAGAAGAAAAUUUUUGUUUUCUAAAAAUGCAUUUUGAGAUAGUUUAAUGUAAAUCUGACAGGAGCAUUCUGAAGCCCCAUUAGGAAAAAACCUUAAAUGCUUCCUCUUCAUCGCCUUACUGUCUGAAGAUCAGAAAUCGCUGAGCAACCCGCUUCUGUUUCCUUCCCAGAAACAACGCAAUGCAACAGGUGGAGAUAGUCUGGUCUUUGCCCCGCUGAGCAGGCCGCUCAGCCCCUCCCGCCAGACGCCUGGGAAGGCCGCCUCGCCCCACUCCCCUCUUCCCCAUCCCCCGCAGCUUUCUUCCUCCCAGUCUUUGGGUCUGUGGAGCGGUGGGUGGUGAGGUGACAGGCUGGGAACCGGCAGACCGCACGCGGCUGCUCCCUCCUACCUCACCCUGGAUCCAUCCUGCGCUUGGCCUCGCUGUCCCAAAGUCUCCCGGCUGCCUUUGGCUUGCACCCACGUCCCUCCCGGAGCAGCCGGCCCGCCGCCGAGGAGCGGCGCCUCCUCCCUCUGAAGAGUCAGUUGAAAGACAAGAGAGUCGCCCCGAGCUUUUGCACAAGGCACGCAUGGUCAGGAACGGGUUAGGGAACGGUCACUUCGGAUUUCCAAGAGUCAGGCCUUCUCUGUUGAUAUCUUGAUUCCUCUGGGAAGACAAGAGUUUUUCUUAGUAACAAAAGUUCUUUUAUGAGUUACUCCUCCUUUCAGUUCUUCUCCGUGGAGGACAGCCAAGACGUACGUGUUCAGGGACACACUCUAGCUACGGAAGCAGGUAGAACUGGUUUGUGGGACAGGAGCUGCGGGCUCAGGAGAGGGAAUGAGGCAGGUCUUUUCUUGGAAGGCUUUUCUUGUGGCCGCGAUAGUGACAUUGCCCUCACCAGGACCCUUCUCCGAUGUGGUCGUCUUUCUUUACCUUGUGUCUUCUCUUGUACAAAAUGAAACUCAAAAUAAAUGUGUCAAAUUAAAAAAAAAAAAGAAGAAGAAACCAGAAAAGCCAACAUGAGUUGUGUGAAGCUUUGUAACGCUGUAAUGCUAGCCUACAAUAUGUCAUGCUAUCUUGUAUGUGGAGUUCGCUAACACAGCACCCAAGUGCAGAAUAAAGACUGACUCACAUUCAA